AUGGCCCGCGAGCAGCCGCCGAGCCUCGUCGUGCUCACCGGCGGCUCCGGCGUUGGAAAGACGACGCUCAUCGACCGGCUGUCAGCUCUCGGCUACCGGACGGUGCCCGAGGCAUCGAUGCGAGUCAUCUCCGCGCUCAACUCACUCAUUGGCACCGAGAGCCAGCUAGCGUGGCGAACGCGGCACAAGCAGGCCUUUGCCGACCUUCUCGGCACUGUCGCCGUGGAGCAGGAGACGCAGGAGGCAUCCGCGUCGGAGGGAGGCACGGGCUUCCUCGACCGCUCGGUUCUCGACUGCCUGGGCUACGCGCGUGUGCGUGGCUACGAGCCGCCCGCCUUCCUCACGCCGGCGGUGCAGCGGCAGAGCGCCGCUCGUAUCAAGGCUGUCUUUAUCGUCGAGCCUCUCGACUCCAUGCGCGCGGAGGCUCUCGCCGCCCGCAACGAGGCGAGCGGCCGAGCGACCGACCCGGCGGGGGCGCGGCAGGUGUGCGAGGUGAUGGGCGAGGUCUACUCGCGGCUCGGCUGCUCGACGAGUCGGCUGGCCGACGGCAGCGUCGAAGAUCGGCUGCGGCAGCUGCUCCGAGAGUGCGGCCUGCCUCCGCCUCCUCCGCCUCCGCCGGCGCGCAGGAGACGACGGUUGCUGCGAGCCUGGCUCCUGGCGGUGGCGGCACUGCGGCUCAUCUCCGUCGCCAUCGCGCUGCUCCACCCCGCGUCGCUUGCGCGCCGUGUCUUUGCCGCCGCGCCAGAGCAGCUCACGCCGCUCGGCGCCCGGGUCUUCGGCGCCUGGACGGCGACGUCGUGCGUCCUCUGCGGCCUCUGCGCGAGCGAGGGCGCGGACCCGGCGACGGCGACCUUUUCGGCGACGGCGUGGUCCUUCGUCGUCGCAUUGGCACUCUUCGUGCCCGAGGCCGCCGCCCGCCAGGGCAGCAUGACUGUCGGCUCCGCGGGCAGCCCUCUGGCGAUCGCCGCGACCAGCCUUGUCUGGAUGGCCGCCGUGCGGUGGCCGGGGAGGGACGCGUCCCUCUGGGCGGUUGCGAUCGCGGGCUCCGCAAGCGUGGCGGUGGCCGCGGCGAUGCUCCGAACCGAGGCCGCCAUGGGCUUCCCCGACCGGCUGGACGCGUCGCUUGCUUGGGACGAAAGCAGCGCUGCGGAGAGGCUGGCGCGGCUGGGCCCUUCGGGGCGGAGAGAGUACCGCGCGAUGUACGUGUCCCCGCUCGGCGACAUGGCGCUCCCGCUCUGCUACGCGCCCGCCCUCGCCGCGCUCUGCUGGCGGAGCUUCUCCCGCCGGCCGCUCGCUCUUCUGCCGCUGCUCGCCGGCGCGUGCGACCUGCUUGAAAAUGCGAGCGUGCUGCGUCUGCUCGACACCUUCCCGCGGCUGGAGCAGGCGCCGCUGGCUCUCGCCGUCGGGCCGUGGGCGACGUUCGGCAAGUGGGCCGGGCUCGCGCUGACUUUCGCGCUGCUGGCCGCGCACGCGAGGGCGCGCGGCGGCCCAGCGCAAAAGGGCAGAUCACAGGCUUGGUCCAGCACCACAAAGAGUGAGUGA